AUGUUGAUGUUCAGCAAUUCUUUAGUUGCUUUGAGUGAAGUUGUUAAUUUUUAUUUCUUCUACGCGGUCAUUGGUACACGGGCUAUGAGUGGAUAUGCAUAUUGUCCUGAAUCUGCCUUAGCUCCGUUGCACUUCGUAUUGGAGUAUGCAUUAUGGCGAGGCUGGCACCAGGCUGUCAUCUACACUCCAGAGUUGGAGCAAGCUAUAUACUUAAUAGUCUUAUGGAUAGAAGAUGCGCAAAAGAAGCCAGAAUAA